AUGGCUGAAGCGCGAGCGGCCGUGACCAGACCGGAUGUAAGACUCAAAAAAAAAGGAACAAGCACCAAAGAAGCGGAAUACGAGCUUGUAAAGAGCACUUAAAAAAAUUUGAAGAAAUGCGCUUUGCGAACACAGCAACAGAUAAGAAAUGGUCUCUGGCCAACAACAUGGUCCAACCUCCUUGGGACUGUGAUUGUCAUUGCAGGACUGCUCCACUUUGACCACUUGUAUCAUGUUAACCAAAUUGAACCUCUGACCAACUCUGUCUGGUGGUUUGGCAGACUAAUUUACUUAGAUGAUGCAUACCCAUAUGGACUUCGUGUAGUAGUAUUGGCUAGUAUUUGUGGAGUGGUGUUUUUCAUCGUAAUGAUGUAUGUUAGGCAGUAUAUGCUGCGGAUGCUACUCUCUUACAGAAGAUGGAUGUAUGAAACACCUCGUUCUCAAAGCAUAAUGACCCUUUGCUGGGGAGCUCUUGUUCGUCUGUUCUCUGGGCAUCACCCAACAUUGUACAGCUACCAAAACAGUCUACCAAGAAUGCCCAUUCCCGCUCUCAACGRCACUUGUAGGAARUUUAUGCUCUCAAUGAAACCAUUACUGGAUGAUAAAGAGUAUGAAGAGAUGCAGGCAUUGGCAGAGGAUUUUGAGAAGACUUUGGGUCCCAAGCUACAGUUUGUCCUUCAGCUCAAGUCAUGGUGGGCUCCAAACUACCAUACAGACUGGUGGGAGAAGUAUGUGUAUUUGAUGGGACGUUCACCUUUACCAAUCAACAGCAAUUAUUAUGGUAUGGAUCAGGGCUGGUAUCCCACUAGAGAGCAGCCAUCAAGGGCUGCUGCAAUAUGUUACUUUAUAUUGAACUACAGACAGGAGGUUGAGGCAGAAACACUGGAACCAUUAACAAUACGCAAUACCAUCCCUACCUGUAUGUGGCAGUAUGAAAGGCAGUUUAAAACUGUUAGAGUUCCAAAAGAAGAGAUUGAUGAGCUUGUUCACUAUGAACCUGAAGAUCAAGAGCUUCUCUACUUGGUCUUGGGAAUUUUCUGUGGAAAAAGAAAAAAAGUGACAGAAUAUUGCCUGGUUCCCAAGAAUAUUMCUUUCCAUAAAUCUUGUUCAUUAUUUUUUGUAAUGAAGAAAGUAUUCUUCACAGCAAUCAAGAAUAAACCAGAAGGAUGUGUUGCUGCAUUGACUGGGCUGCCAAGAACUGACUGGGCAAGAUUAAGAGAAACUCAUUUUAGUGACGGUCUCAACAAACAGUCUCUGGAAACUAUAGAAGAAGCUUUGUUUGUUAUGGUUUUAGAAGAGAGAAGCUUCCCAGACAUAACAGACAGAGCAAAGUUUCUUCUCCAUGGAGAUGGUAGCUCUUUCUGGUUUGACAAGUCAUUCAGUUUUAUGGUAUUCAGUGAUGGAAAGUGUGGUCUCAAUGCUGAGCACUCCUGGGCAGAUGCUCCUGUCAUGGGUCACCUCCUGGAAUAUGCCCUCACAUAUGAAUUUAUUUAUCGCACAUACAACGARGAAGGGAGAUGCAUACCUAUUGGAGGGGCUCACAAAAGYUCCAAAAUCAGAACACAUAAUCUUCAGAGACCAUCUAGACUGUACUUUGAUGUGACACCACCAUUGGCACAAAGUAUUGAAUAUGCUAUGGACUUUGCAAGGAAGAACAACGAUGAUCUCCAACAUAAAGUAAUUACACACGAUUCCUUUGGCAAGGGAUUCAUUAAAGGCAUCAAGGUUAGCCCAGAUGCUUUCAUUCAGCUUGCCUUACAAAUAGCGUAUUACAAGGACAAUGGCAAACAUCCAUUAACAUAUGAGGCAUCAAUGACUCGUUUAUAUCUGCAGGGACGAACUGAAACAGUUAGAAGUCUAACUGUUGAGGUAAGAGACUUUGUCAGAGCAUUCAUGGACAAGACAGUACCAAAAGAAGAAGUUAUCAAGCUGAUGAAAGCGGCUGCAACAAGGCAUGCUAUUAACUACAAAGACUGCAUGAAUGGUGAAGGUGUUGACAGACAUUUGUUUGCACUUUACAUUGUCAGUAAAGGACAGGGAAAGGAGAGUGAGUUUCUAAAGAGAGCACUUUCUCUUCCAUGGACAUUGUCUACAAGUCAGCAGCCUCAACAGCAGAUGGUCACCACUCACUAUAGUGUAUCAGAACCAGAACUAAUGAACAUGAUCUCCCCUGGUGGCGGUUUUGGACCAGUUCACGAUGAUGGUUAUGGAGUGUCCUACAUGGUUCCUGAUGAUAACAGAAUAUUUUUCCAUGUAUCUUCAAAAAAUUCCUCUUCAGUCACAAACAGUGAUCGGUUUGUGAAACUUCUGUUUCAGAGUUUGGGAGAAAUGAAAGCCCUCUUUGAUAAAGAUGUUGAAAAUGGGUCUUCAUAUUCUAGUCGACCCAAAUCCGACGCGCGAUCCCCUGUGAAAAAGUCAACUACGAGGAACACAGCGUCCCUGACUAAGAUAUACUUGUCCGCUCUUGAAAGACUCGAGCUCUCCUGA